GACGCCAUUUUCAUAUAGUUGUCGGUUUGUGAGAAGUCUGUUGUUCAUCUUCAACCAUCGACCCGAACCACAAUAUUUAACAUCUAUACCAGUGGUUGGUCCAAAAGGUCUGCCAGGAAAAAUCUAUCAUAAUGGCGCUACAAAGACGUGUUGGCACAGGAGCAGUUGUGUCUCCUACACAAGCAUCUCCCAAAAUAGUGCUGAAAAGCACUACAAAAGUUUCAUUAAAUGACCGAUUUACUAAACUGAUCAAGCAAAGACCUCAGAUGACAGCACAACAGAGGUCGGCCUUAAUGCAACAACAAGCCAUGGCAUCAUCUAAGAAUAGAAGACUAGCACAACAGAUGGAAAAUAGGCCUUCAGUGGCUGCUGCAUUAAAUCCAGCACAGUUACAGCAAAUACAAAGGCAACAAGGAGCCAGAAGUUUGAAGCAACGUCUUGGGAAGAGCAAUAUCAGAGGACGUCUUGGGAUUUCACAAAGAGGUGUUAUGCGUGGUAGAGGAAUUAUGCGGCGUGGCCUUCCACAACGUGGAGCUCGUGGUAGAGGUGCCAUAGGUAGGGGAGGACGUGGUUUCGUUAGGGGUGGGGGAAGAGGAAGAGAAUUUAGAAGAGGUGGAUUUGGGCAAGGAAUGGGUGGCAGAAUAGGACGUGGUGGAAGAGGGGUUGGCAUUGGUAGAGGCAGGGGACGUGGUCAAGGACUUCGUGGUCAAGGACUUCGUGGACAGGGAUUUCGUGGACGAGGUGCUCAGAGGCGUGGUGGCAGAGGUGGUCGAGGUGGCGGCAGAGGAAGGGGUAGAGGUGCAGCAAACAAGCCAGUCUCCCAGGAUGUCUUAGACAAUCAGUUGGAUGCUUACAUGGCCAAAACAAAAGGAAGUCUGGAUGCUGAAUUGGAUGCUUACAUGGCACAAGCUGAUAGCAUGGAAUAAUUUAUGGCUGUUACCUUACACUUCUUGGCAAUUAGUGUGCCUUUACAAGAUCUCCAUUCCUGCAUGUGUACAUUUUUAGGUGCUUGUGAAUGUGAACCUUUUAUUGUGGACUCCUGCUGCCUAUAGACACGGUAGUGUGCAUCAGUGUUUUGAUGCACAUUUAUGUAUGGGAUAGUGAAACUAGUAACUGAAUUAUUUGGUAUACAAAGGAUGUCAGCAUUGCUGCUAACCAUUCAUGCUCUAAAGUAUACAACUUUCAUUGAACAAUGUCACUGGUAAAAUGGUCCUCAAAACUAAUCAUUGACAAGAAAUUGAUUUUAACAAAUUUGAAUCAUGAGCUUAGUACGAAUCAACACUUUUUUUUGGCAUUCAUUGCAUUAAGUGCAAAUAUAUUAUUUUGGGAGAUAUGUACAUACAGUUUUAGAUUAACUAUCUGUGAUUUUCUGUGGCAGGCUGACCAAAGAUGACUGCCUUGUGUGAUUCUGCUACAAUCUCUAUUGAACUGUGAAAAAUAACUUGUCGGUUAUGAGUAGUGUGGAUUAGACUUUUUUUAUUGCUAUUAUUGUAUUAAAUUAUUUAUAACACUACUUUUGUUUCCUUUGUACUAGCUAUGGUGGAAAACUAAAGUUCAUUUCCUAUAGUUUCAAUGUUUAUGUAUCAGUAUUGCCAUCAUUGCAAACAUUUUAGCAGUGAUAUUGAGCAGGACAACUUAAAUUCAGUUAUCUUUUUUAUGUAAUCCUUUUCAAUUAAAUAUUUAAUUUCAAUUUAUGAACACUAACUGUUCACAAAGUUUAUUUAACACAAUUUCAACUUUCAUUUUCAGUAUGUUUUCUAUUGUCAUUUAAUGAUGUAAGAGAACACUUAGUUUCAUCAUUAGAUUGUAGGACUUUUAAUGUGACUUUAAAUUUCAUGUACCUAGUCAUAUUUCAAAAUGGUAUGGUAAUGUGUUCUCUGUCGAUAUGCAAAAAUAGUCUUUAAACCCUGGGAUUCGGAACAUAGGGUGCAGCGAUAGACAUAAACCGAAGUAAAACAAACUUUGAAACAGGCAACCUUUUUAAUUUAAGUUAAUUUUAUGCAUUAAGGAUUUUUUUUUUACUUUUUUUAAAUGUAAACUGAUUUCAAACCAUAGUUAAUUUCAAGCAAGUACCUUCAGAUAUUUCAUUCCUACCAGAUAUUUAUAUGUACAAUGUCACUUAACUCGUUAUAAACCUAUUUUAAAUAUA